ACAACCAUGUAACUAAAAAAUUUUCAUUUGUUAUACAGAAUUUAACACUUAUAGUAAAAAUGGAGAAUUGGCAAAUUACAUCGGUAUUGUUAUUAAUAUCAUGUUUGAUUUUUAACAAAGCAAUUCAAAAUAAAAAUUCAAAUGAUGAACAAAAAUGGCAAUUAAAAGAGGAUACGACAAAAAUAGCUGCAGAAAAUGGAAAUUUGGAAUUGUUAAAAUAUGCAUUUCAAAAUGGAUGUAAAUGGGAUGAAGGAACAACAGAAGCUGCUGCAAAUAAUGGUCAUUUAGAUUGUUUAAAAUAUGCUUAUGAAAAUGGCUGUAAAUGGAAUCAAUUCAAUAUUGCUACAAGUGCGAUUAGAAAGGGUAAUCUAAAAAUAUUAAAAUAUGUUCACAAAAAUGGAUACGAAUUCAAUGAAUUCACAACUAAUAUGGCUGCAGCUGGUAAGCUAGAAGUGUUAAAAUAUGUCCUUAAACAUGGAUAUCCUUGUAAUGAAAUUACAACUUAUACAGCUGUUUUUAAUAGAAAUCUGAAAAAUUUAAAAUAUUUACAUGAAAAUGGCUGUCCAUGGGAUAAUAGAAUAACUUAUGAGGCAACCAUUCAGGGUGAUAUUAAUCUUUUAAAAUAUGUACAUGAAAAUGGAUGUCCUUGGAAUGAAAGGACAACAGCAGCCGCUGCUUCUAUCGGCAAUUUAGAAUGUUUAAAAUAUACAAUUAAAAAUGGUUGUAAAUGCCAUAAACAUACAACUACUGAGGCAGCUAUAAAAGGUAAUUUAAAAAUGUUAAAAUAUGCACAUGAAAAUAAAUGUCCUUGGGAUGCAAACACAACAGAAGCAGCUGCUUUAUGCGGUAGUAUAGAAUGUUUAAAAUAUGCUUUUGAAAAUGGCUGUGAAUGGGAUAAACGUACAACUACUACUGCUGCCAAAAAAGGUGAUUUAAAUAUGUUAAAAUAUGCCCAUGAAAAUGAAUGUCCCUGGGAUGAAAGCACAACAGAAGCAGCUACUUUAAGCGGUAAUUUAGAAUGUUUAAAAUAUGCUUAUGAAAAUGGCUGUAAAUGGGAUAAACGUACAACUACUGCGGCUGCCAGAAGAGGCGAUUUAAAAAUAUUAAAAUAUGCACAUAAAAAUAAAUGUCCUUGGGAUGAAAACACAACAGAAGCAGCUAUUUUAAGUGGUAAUUUAGAAUGUUUAAAUUAUGUUAUUGUAAAUGGUUGUAAAUGGAAUAAACGUAACACUACUCUGGCUGCCAGAAGAGGUGAUUUAAAAAUAUUAAAAUAUGCACAUGAAAAUGAAUUUGCUUGGGAUGAAAGCACAACAGCAGCCGCUGCUUUUAGCGGUAAAUUAGAAUGUUUAAAAUAUGCAUAUGAAAAUGGUUGUAAAUGGGAUGAACGUACACCUACUACUGCUGCCAGGAUAGGUAAUUUAAAAAUAUUAGAAUAUGCACAUGAAAAUGAAUGUCCUUGGGAUGAAAGCACAACAGAAGCAGCUGCUUUAAUAGGUAAUUUAGAGUGUUUAAAGUAUGCCUAUGAAAAUGGUUGUAAAUGGGAUGAACGUAUACCUACUACUGCUGCCAGGAUAGGUAAUUUAAAAAUAUUAGAAUAUGCACAUGAAAAUGAAUGUCCUUGGGAUGAAAGCACAACAGAAGCAUCUGCUUUAUAUGGUAAUUUAGAAUGUUUAAAAUAUGCUUAUGAAAAUGGCUGUAAAUGGGAUAAACGUACAACUACUGCGGCAGCUAGCAGAGGUGAUUUAAAAAUAUUAAAAUAUGCACAUGAAAAUGAAUGUCCUUGGGAUGAAAGUACAACAGAAGCAGCUGCUUUAAGAGGUAAUUUAGAAUGUUUAAAAUAUGCUUAUGAAAAUGGCUGUAAAUGGGAUAUACGUACAACUACUGCUGCUGCCAGAAUAGGUAAUUUAAAAAUGUUGAAAUAUGCACAUGAAAAUGAUUGUCCCUGGGAUGAAAGUACAACAGAAGUAGCUGCUUUAAGAGGUAAUUUAGAAUGUUUAAAAUAUGCUUUUGACAAUGGCUGUAAAUGGGAUAAACGUACAACUACUGCUGCUGCCAGAAUAGGUGAUUUAAAAAUAUUAAUAUAUGCACAUAAAAAUAAUUGUCCUUGGGAUGAAAGCACAACAGAAGCAGCUGCUUUAAGAGGUAAUUUAGAAUGUUUAAAAUAUGCUUAUGAAAAUGGCUGUAAAUGGGAUAAACGUACAACUACUGCUGCUGCCAGAAUAGGUGAUUUAAAAAUAUUAAUAUAUGCACAUAAAAAUAAUUGUCCUUGGGAUGAAAGCACAACAGAAGCAGCUACUUUAAGCGGUAAUUUAGAAUGUUUAAAAUACGCUUAUGAAAAUGGCUGUAAAUGGGAUAAACGUACAACUAUUGCGGCUGCCAGAAGAGGUGAUUUAAAGAUAUUAAAAUAUGCAUAUGAAAAUGAAUGUCCGUGGGAUGAAAACACAACAGAAGCAGCUGUUUUUAGCGGUAAUUUAGAAUGUUUAAAAUAUGCUUUUGAAAAUGGUUGUAAAUGGUAUGAAGACACAACUCGAGUUGCUGCAGCUAGUGACUGUUUGGACUUCUUGAUGUAUGCUCAUGAAAAGGGAUGUAACUUUGACAGAGAUACAAUAGUAGCAGCAGCAUUGCAUGGGAAUUUAGAUUGUUUAAUAUAUGCUCGAAAACAUGGAUGUGAUUGGGUGGAAGGUACAAUGAGAGGGGCUGCAGCAAAUGGACAUUUAAACUGCCUAAAAUUUGCUCAUGAAAAUGGGUGUAUGUGGGACGAAGGCACAACAAGGGAAGCAGCUGCGAAUAAUCAUAUUAACUGUUUGAUAUUUGCACAUAGUAAUGGGUGUAAAUGGGAUGAAGGAACUAUGAGUGGAGCUGCUGCAAAUGGAAAUUUAAACUGCCUAAAAUAUGUGUAUGAAAAUGAUUGUGAGUGGGACGAAGGCACAACUAGACUUGCUGCUGCAAAUGGUCAAUUUCGUUGCUUAAAAUAUGCUUAUGAAAAUAAUUGUUCUUGGAGUAGCGGUACCAUUUCUGAAGCUGCUCGAAAUGGAUAUACAGAUAUAAUCAACUAUGCUACUAAAAAUGGUUGUCCUAAUUAAUAUUCUGUUGAAAUAUCCAAAUUUUUAUUAUAGUUAUU